UUCUCUUUAAAAUUUUUUUGGUUUGAGAGAUUUCGACUGAAAUGAGUCAUCAGGAUGGUUACUGGGGACCAACUACAAGUUCGGUUGACUGGUGCGAAGAAAAUUACGUACAUUCUUACUAUAUUGCCGAGUUUUGGAAUACAAUAUCUAGUCUGGCAAUGGUUACAAUGGGAUUAUUAGGAUUUUCACUGCAUCAUAACUCUUUGGGGUUGAAAAUCUCGACUAGCUAUUUAUUUAUUGUUGUGGUUGGAAUUGGCAGUGUAUUAUUUCAUGGAACACUUCAGUUUGAAUAUCAAAUGUGGGACGAGGUUCCAAUGGUCUGGACAGCAAGUUAUCUGUUGUGGGUUCUGUUGAGUGAUCAAGGCUACCAAUAUGGACUUGCUAUUGGAAUCUAUUGUGGACUAGCAACCUACCUAACCAGUCAGUUCAAGGGAUCAAUACAGUUUUAUCUAUUCCAAACAUCGUUCGGAGUUGUCAUGUGGAGUUGCUUCUGGCUUGUCUGGAAACUGUACAAGGGAGUGCAGAAUAAGCAAGUCAGCCGACUGUUCCGCCAGGGCACACAAUGCCUUGUACUUGCAAUCCUUGUAUGGCUGUUUGAUACAAACCUGUGUUUUGUGUUUGAUUCCUUACCAAAUCCGCAACUUCAUGCUUGGUGGCAUAUUCUGAUGUCUGCAAGUCUUUACCUAUUCUUUGCUGGGUGCGGCCAUGAAUCAAUGAGAUUACAUGGAAAAGAGCCAAUGAUUGAAUAUUGGGGGAUCGUACCUUUUGUUAGCAACAAAAGUUAAAAAUUAUAUAAAUUCUUUAUUUUUAAAACCAACCC